GCUUUGGUCCGAGGCGCCGUCGUUUUCCCAUUUGUUCCCGGUAUUUUCCACGAACCGAAGACCCCCCACGAGAACUAAAUCCCAAAAGCCAACAACCAUCAAAAUACUGCUGAGUGAAGAAGAUUUUCUAUAUUCGUCUCUGCGACUCUCACUUCUGCUGUUAGAUUUCCACACAAGAGCCGAAGCCAAAGGUUCAGCUAGACUUACCGUUCUCCCCUUCCUGAGCAUCAAGAAACAACAAUAUACCUUAUUUGAGCGUGAGAUCAGACGAGUGGAAGCAUCUGUUUUCAAACGUAGCACCGCUUAUUUGCGACUUUUAAAGGUUAUGAAACAGUUUGAAAGCUGCAUGACUUAUUAAUCAUGCCUUCACAAUUACAAACUCACAGUGUUCAACAAGAGCACAUCUCGGAUAUGAAAUACAAGUCGCCGGUGAAAAGGAGUUCGAUACAGUAUCAGGCUCAAAGGUUUACAAAUGAGAAGGUCUCAUCACUUGAUGAAGGCAGAACUGUGAGGUUGCAGGACAAAGGUCAACCUUUGAAUGUUUCAAAGCAAACCGAACAAACUUCUCCCUUUGAGAAUCGUCAUAAGCCUUGGCCAAGUAGGAAAGUUAAUGGAGCUGACGAGGUGGUCAAAUACAUGUCUAGUGUUCCAAAUUAUCUCCAGCACUUGGAGAAGGUAGAUGUUGCUCAGGACAAGGCGCUCAACUUUGGAGUUGUGGAUUGGGGCCGCCUUGAGAAAUGGACGUACCUCCAGAAGCAAGUAACAAAUCGACGAGCUGGAUGUUCCCCAUCUACUAGCAGUUCAUCUUCAUCGCCAUUCUCUAAUUCUGGAUCAUCUUCAAACUCUGAUAGAAGCACCGACAGCCCUCUUUCUCAAAGGAAGAAAUCGCCAACUUUGACGACUCAUCAAGGUUCUCCUCCCAGAGGCCGACAAACUAGAGUGAUGGACGAACAAAGUUCUAUGCCAGUCACAACAAGUCCUGAUUCAAGAACUUCACAAGAUAAGGCACCAAUUAGGCACGACCACAAAAGAGGCAUUGUCAGCGUUUCAGACGCAAAGUAUAUUUCUCGCAAUAAGUCCCCCUCUAAAGAAAUUGCCAGUUCUUCUUUCACUUCAAAAGAUAAUGAUAUGUCGAAGUUUUCACAUAACAGAGUGAAGGAUCAAAUUGGAAAACCAACAGAACUUGAGAAUUCUGAGGAGUGCAAAAAACAAAUUGUUCAAAAUGAUCUGCAUUUAGCUGAAUCAGAGCUAUCAGAUCGAUUCUCAGUAGUCGAAAGCAUGUGGGAUGAUGUCCAAGAGAGUCUUUAUGAAAGGCACAUCAGUUAUGGUUCUGCGAAUAGCAGUAGACGGUCUAUAGAAGUAAAUCGAAGAAGUAUUUCAGGAAUCUUUACACCAAGUGACAUUCAAAUUGCUAAUCCGUCUCCACGUAUUUCCUACUCAUGUCCACUUUCUUCUUCGGGAGGGGAACCCAAGUCUGAAACAGUUAAGCUUGGAAGAUUUACAGACGAUUUUCCUGGGAAAUUGUCAAGUCAAGGUGAAGUAAAAGCAGCAGCUGCACCAAAAAGAGACCUAUCACCUCAUCGUCUGUUACGAGCUGGUCUGAGUCGGAUAAGAAGUUCAAGUUUGAGGGAAGGUUCGGAUAAUAAUCACGAUGAUUCAUCAACCUCUCAUAGAAGAGGUAGGCGCAGCUCAUCCCCUCAACGUCUGCUAAGUGCUGGUCUGAAUCUGUUAAGAAAUUCUAGUUCAAGGGAGGGUUGUUCAGAUAAUUCUCAUGAAGAUAAUGCAAGCUCGAAUAUUAAAAGUAGGCAAAGCCCAUUAAGGAGGAUACUUGAUCCUCUCAAGUCAAAGAACCAAAUCCCUUUUUCUGGGCCAGUUACUAGCUUACCUAGUCAUCGUGCACCAGGAGCAAGUAAUAGAGAUACGAUUGCUAUUCGGGAUGAAUUAAGAUCAGCAAAUGUGGUUGUUAAUCAUUCCACAAGCCAGAUUACUGAGGCUGGAUGUUCAGUUCAUGCUAAGAAGCAAGUAGCAUCCACGAGACAAGCUCUUCUAAAACUUGCUUGGAAGAAUGGAUUUCCUCUUUUUGUGUUCUCUUCCAGCGAUAUUAACAUUCUUGUGGCCGCAUUAGAGAAAAAAACCACACCACAGAAUAAGGAUUUUGAGUGCAUUUACACAAUAUUUACGGCUCAUGAACUAAAGAAGAAAGUUGGUGUUUGGAGUAGCCAAGGAAAUAAAAAUAAAAAGCAUGAUUUGGUCUACAAUGUUGUUGGCCAGAUAAAUGUUUCUUCGUCCAAGUCUACCGGUGAUUCUUCCAAAAAUUACCCUUUGAAGAGAGAGUUUCUCUUGUACGGUUGUGAACAGAUAUCAACAGCUCAUGAUCGUGUUAGUUCUCUAUUUAGGAAUGAGCUUGCAGCUAUUGUCAUUCAGGUUCAAAACGAAAGGCUAGAAAAGGAUAAUCACAAUAAGCACUCAAAAGAAAGCUUGCCAGUUGAGCAGAAGAACGAGAACUUAAGCUUAGCCAGUGUGGUUGCUAUUAUUCCGAGUGGGGUUCAUGGCACUUCAUCAACAGGAGAGCCAUCGCCUUUGAUUGAGAGAUGGAAAUCGGGAGGUAGUUGUGACUGUGGAGGUUGGGAUGAGGGCUGCAUGCUAACUAUUCUAACAGACAAGAUUCAGGAAAGGAGUUCUACUACUUCAGAUGGAACUUUCCGAAUUGAAUUGUUUGCUCAGGGUGAAACUAAAGAAACCAAGCAUGCUUUUAGCAUGAUUGCUUUCAAAGAGGGAGUUUAUACGGUUGAUUUUGGGGCAUCUAUUUCUUCAGCACAAGCAUUUGCAAUGUGUAUCGCAACUCUCCACAGCAAGAAUCCCAGUACUAUUUCAGGGAUGCAAUGCUCAGUAAAAGCUCAAAGCUUGGAGGAACACACUGCAACAACCUAUGUACCCGGCCAUCCUCCUCUUUCUCCUGUUGGGAGAGCUUGACCUGCCUCAUGUUUCAUUGGAGUCGGCUGAGUUCUAAUAUCGUCUAUUCAAGCUUGGCAGUUUGAGGUAUUGAUCCUUGCCAAGAGACAGGUACUUGCUUGACUUCAUUCUGUUGUAUCGGUGCAUAAAAAUAACCAAUAAGCUCCACUUCUUUCCUUCUUUGGAGUAAUGUGUUCAUCUCAAAAUUGUACAAAGCCGGCACAAGCCUUCUCUGAAACCUUGAACGAUAAUUGUGUACAGACGAUCUGUGAUAACUCUAGAGUUACAAUGCAGCAGUGAAUCAUUGGGUUGCUAGUUGGUUUUGUUUCUUGUCACAGUCUGCAUUGGAAAUUAACAGUCCAUGUAUGAGAUCAAAUAAGUAUGAAAUGCAUGGUCUUCUUCUAUAAUCUGUA